AUGAUGGUACAGGGUCCAAACGGGCCCCAGCAGAUGAUGGUGCAGAUGCAGCCUGUGACCAACCUAGGUGGUCAGUUAGUAGCUACGGCGGCACCAACCGCUAGCCUCAUGACCAGCGCCGGCGCAGGAGGGGGCGCUUCUGGCGGGGGAGGCGGCCCCGGUGGCGCUACUGCCGGCAGCGUGCUGAUGCAGCCGAUGAUCACGGCAACGGGCCAGGUCAUGCUACCCAUGGGUAACGGACAGUACCAGUUGGCCAACACCGUAUCUGCGAAUGCUUUGACGGCUGGUGGCGCCACCACCGUGAUCCAUGCCGCUGCGGCUGCUGCGGCCGCCGCCGGCGGUGGCGCCCCGGGCUCAGGCACACAACUGACCGGCCAGCUGAUAGACGCCAGCCAAUUCACUGCCGUCGCUGCCGCCCCAAUGACAGCCCAGGCCGGCGCAAUGAAUGCAGGCGGGAAUGCGGCUUCUGGCACUGGACUCAGUGUUAGCAUGGUCGACAUCAAACAGGCCAUCUCGAAUACAGUGACCACAACCGCACAACCUUCAGCACAGACGGCAACUGUAGUCACCACAGGCCCAGGCAAGAGUACGUAA